UACUCAAGCAGGAGAGACAGGGUGCAGAAACACCUUCUCAGACUCCUCACCUUGGCUCCAGCCAUGCCCACCCUGUAUACUAACUCUAGAUGCCUGGACCCAUUAGGAGCCAAGGAUGAUGAUACUGAUGAUGAUGAUUAUGAGAACAUGACACCACCCUACAAGGACCUUCCUCCCAAGCCAGGUUCAUUCGCUCCACCGCGGCCUCCAAGGGCAGGAAAGAAAACGGAGAACCCGCAACUUCCCCUAAAGUCUCCAAAGAUGGCAGGCCUGGACCUCACCCCUGUCCCCUUCAUGUCUCCCCAGCUGCAUGUUAAUCCAGAACCUCCUGCAUUGCAGUCAUCUCCAGCCACUGAUGGGACAGUCAUGACGACAAAACUCUGUCCACCUUCUCUUGGAGAAAGGCCCAAGGGUCCCUUCCUCACUCCCCACAGCAUUGCUGUCAGUCUCUCUGCAACCCCCACCCCUCCCUCAACAGCAGCCUCAGUGCCCUGGCACAGCCAGAAUCUGGGCUGUUCUGGGCGCUGCCGCGAGGAAAGACUGACGGCGUGUCUGUGUCCGCUGGUUGUGGCUUCACUGCUCCUCAGUUGCAUCGGCCUCGCUGUGACCCUGAUCAAGUACCAGGAGGUGGUGGAAGAGCUGCGGAUGUUGACCUUUCAGCAGAUGGCGUGGCAAGAAAAUGUGACUGGCCUGGCAGGAUUAGCUGGCCUCAAGGAGGACAUUGACCACGUAAAAGCCGACACCAGCCAGUCCCUGAUGGAACUUCGGGGCUUAUUAGACUGUGCCAGGGUCACCUGCCCUGAGGGUUGGCUCCCCUUUGAGGGCAAGUGUUACUACUUCUCCCCAAUCAUGAAGCCAUGGGAUGGAGCCCGGAUAUUCUGCCAGGAAAAUUACUCUCAUCUGGUCAUCAUUAACAGCUUGGCUGAGCAGGGCUCAUGGCUCUCCACGGGUGUACUGGCUGGGGCUGAAUGAUAUAAAGGGGGACCACGAAGA